AUGAGCGUAGCGUACUCCACGGAUUCCGUGAGCUCGUACAUGCGGGCCAUGCAGGCCAUGAUUGGCUCAGCGCAAGAGUUCCGGUUUACUAAGCGGGAGCUCGAGCUGCCGGAGGUUGAAGUCGAAUGCGUCGACAUUGCCAGUGCUACCGAGUCGGAAGAAUUGACCACGUUGUCGCUAGAUAGGAAUGUGUGGGAUGAGGUUUUUGAUUUGUUUGAAGACCUGGAUUCUCGGAGGCUGGAGACUUUGGCAGAGAAUAACGAUCAGGCUAAAGCGGUAAGGGUCUACAAGAAGCUGUUCCAGCUACUCGACGAGAGCACGCUUCAUUCAUCCGAAGAGGAGGUGGUGAAGCAGCUUGUGGUGAUUCUCAAGACCCAUGGAGAGGAUGGGAUGCUUGAACAGGUGCUAUUUGAUUGCCUGGGAUCGGAGAACAUUGAGCUGCUUUCAUACGUGAUACAACAACAGGCGGUGCUGAAGCAACUGCCAGUCGACGAGGGAGUGGAUCUGCGCCAGUUUUUGAUGGAACAGCCCACUUUGCUGUCGGAAACGGACAUACGUGCGCAAGUGCUGCUGACUGCUGCCGAGGGACGGAACCAGGAGCUGCGGAAGCUACAACGUAUUGAGCGCUAUCCAAAUAUCUAUAGGAAUAGCGAAGUCAAUUCAUCUGCGUUUUCUUUUGGAGGACAGGAGUAUGUGCUACCCGUCGGUACCACGCGAUUGUCGCUGCAUACACACGAAGAGGUGGUUAUCCCGUGCUCAGAGAACAAGAACGAAUACCUCUCAUCUUCCCGUUUGCUUAAAGUAGAAGAUCUGGAUAGGUUUUGCCAGAGUGUGUUCCCAUACGAGACCUUAAAUGCGAUCCAGACGCUAGUAUACCCUGUAGCAUACAAGACCAACGAAAACAUGUUAAUAUGUGCUCCAACCGGUGCUGGUAAGACAGACAUAGCACUGCUCACCAUUCUAAACACAGUAAAACAGUUUUCUGAGAUCAACGGUGAUGAAGUGGAUAUAUUUUAUGAGGAUUUUAAAGUCAUUUAUGUUGCUCCCUUGAAAGCUUUAGCUGCCGAGAUUGUGGAUAAGUUCAGCCAGAGGUUGGCGCCAUACAAGAUUCGUGUGCGUGAGUUGACAGGUGAUAUGCAGCUUACGAAAGCUGAGAUUAUAGAAACGCAAGUCAUCGUGACUACACCAGAGAAGUGGGAUGUUGUAACCAGAAAAGCAAAUGGAGACAACGAUCUAGUCUCCAAGGUGAAGCUAUUAAUUAUAGAUGAGGUGCAUCUUCUACAUGAGGAUCGUGGUUCUGUUAUCGAAACGUUGGUUGCUAGAACAUUGCGCCAGGUUGAAAGUAGCCAGAGCAUGAUACGAAUUCUGGGAUUAUCGGCUACAUUACCUAACUUCUUCGACGUCGCAGACUUUUUGGGGGUUAACAGACAUGUGGGAAUGUUUUAUUUUGAUCAAUCGUUCCGUCCAAAACCCUUAGAACAGCAGCUGCUUGGUUGCAGAGGCAAGGCGGGCAGCAAACAAGGAAGGGAAAAUAUUGAUAAGGUUUCAUAUGAAAAGCUUUAUGAACAUGUCUUAAAUGGCUCCCAGGUCAUGGUUUUUGUGCACUCAAGGAAGGAUACUGUGCGCACUGCGCGGAAUUACAUUUCUUUUGCCCAAGCCAACCAACAGUCCGAUGUUUUCCUAAGUAGCGAUCAAAGCGUUACCAAGUUUUCCCGAGACAUCUCCAAACAUAAGGAUAGAGAUAUGAAGGAGCUCUUCCAACAUGGGUUUGGUAUACAUCAUGCUGGUAUGUCUCGAUCUGAUAGAAAUCUAACAGAAAAGAUGUUCAAAGAGGGAGCUAUUAAUGUGCUUAUCUGUACAGCGACGCUGGCCUGGGGUGUGAACUUACCGGCUGAUGUUGUCUUGAUAAAGGGAACUCAGAUAUAUGACUCUAAAAAAGGUGGUUUUAUAGAUUUGGGGAUUUCUGAUGUGAUACAGAUCUUUGGCAGAGCUGGUAGGCCGGGGUUUGGUUCCCUGCAUGGUACAGGUAUAUUAUGUACCACGAGUGAUAGGUUAGACCAUUAUAUUUCACUGAUCACACAGCAAUAUCCGAUAGAAUCUAAGUUUUCCUCCAAGCUAGUCGAUAAUUUAAAUGCAGAGAUUUCUCUUGGUACGGUCACGAACGUGGAAGAAGGGAUAACUUGGCUGGGUUAUACCUACCUUUAUGUUAGAAUGAAGCAGAAUCCUCUAAUUUAUGGUUUAGAUUGGAAUGAAGUCUCGAACGAUCCGCAACUCUAUGAUAAACGAAGGAGUAUGAUUAUGCAAGCUGCCCGCAGACUACAUGCAUUGCAAAUGAUUGUAUUCAAUGACACAACGAUGAAUUUUAUCCCCAAAGAUUUGGGACGUGUGGCAUCUGAUUUCUAUCUACUAAAUGAAUCCGUUGAGAUAUUCAAUCAGCUAUGUAACCCUAGGGUAACCGAGGCUGACGUUUUGGCAAUGAUUAGCAUGAGCAGCGAGUUUGAUUCAAUUAAAUAUAGGGAAGAUGAAGCUGGUGAAUUGGCUAAACUUUUUGAUACAGCGGUUGAAUGUCAAGUGGGUGGACAAGUUGAAUCAUCUGCCGGUAAGACAAAUAUCUUAUUGCAAGCCUAUAUUUCUCAGACUCGCAUCAAUGAUUCUGCAUUGAUUUCGGAUUCCAAUUAUGUGGCACAGAACUCUGCUAGAAUAUGCAGGGCACUGUUCCUAAUCGGAAUAAAUAAACGUUGGGGGAGGUUUGCGAUAAUUAUGUUGGACAUUUGCAAGGCUAUAGAAAGGAGAAUGUGGGCUUUUGAACAUCCACUUUCUCAGUUUGCAUUACCGGAAACUAUUCUUCGUCAACUGAGGGAUAAAUCACCACCUAUUGAGAAUAUGUUAGAUAUGGAAGCAUCUGAACUAGGGGAACUUGUCCAUAACAACAAAAUGGGCGCUAAACUCUACCGUAUAUUGAGGACUUUUCCUAGGGUUGAGAUCACUGCAGAAUGUUUCCCAAUUACUACCAACGUUAUGCGAAUUCACGCAACUCUUGAGCCUGACUUUAUUUGGGACUUCCAUAUUCAUGGCAAUGCCCAAUUCUUUUGGGUCCUUGUGGAAGAGUCUGAUAAUUCUGAAAUAUUGCAUUUUGAGAAAUUUAUUUUAAGCCGUAAACAGAUGGGGCAUGUUCAUGAAAUGGACUUCAUGAUACCUCUCUCCGACCCAUUACCACCUCAAGUUGUAAUUAAGGUUGUAUCCGACACUUGGAUUGGUAGUGAGUCGACACAUGUAAUUUCAUUCCAACACCUGAUUCGGCCACACAAUGAAACGCUAUUAACCAGACUACUGCGCUUGCGGCCUCUACCUACUACUGCACUGAAUAACCCAUUAGUGGAAUCAAUCUAUCAGUUCAAAUACUUUAACCCACUGCAAACCAUGACCUUCCACACGUUAUACAACACCAACGAAAACGUUUUCGUAGGUUCACCUACUGGGUCGGGAAAAACUGUAGUAGCUGAACUAGCUAUAUGGCAUGCAUUCAGAGAUUUUCCAGGUAGCAAAGUUGUCUACAUUGCGCCGAUGAAGGCCUUGGUUAGAGAACGACUUCAUGACUGGAAAAAGAGAAUAACACCGGUAACGGGUGAUCGUUUAGUAGAAUUGACUGGUGACUCUGUACCGGAUCCGAGAGAUGUGAAGGAUGCAACAAUAAUUAUUACUACGCCGGAGAAAUUCGAUGGUAUAUCUCGUAACUGGCAGACACGGAAAUUUGUCCAGAACGUUUCGCUGGUUAUUAUGGAUGAGAUCCACUUGUUAGCGAGCGACCGUGGUCCAAUUUUAGAAAUGAUUGUUAGCCGUAUGAAUUACAUUUCAGCGCAAACUAAGAAACCAAUUAGACUGCUUGGUAUGUCGACUGCAGUUGCAAACGCUUACGAUAUGGCCGGUUGGCUUGGUGUUAAAAACAAUGGAUUAUACAAUUUCCCUUCGAGCAUUAGACCUGUUCCGCUAAAAAUGUACAUUGAUGGAUUCCCAGAUAACUUGGCAUUCUGUCCACUAAUGAAGACCAUGAAUAAACCAGCAUUCAUGGCUAUUUCUCAACAUUCGCCCGAUAAACCGGUUUUGAUAUUUGUUGCCUCGCGACGUCAAACAAGGCUUACAGCAUUGGAUCUCAUUCACCUAUGUGGUAUGGAGGACAAUCCACGUCGGUUCAUGAAGAUGGAUGAUGAGGGUGAGCUACGUUAUUAUUUGGACCAGGUCUCGGAUGAAACUUUAAAACUAUCUUUGCAGUUUGGAAUAGGUUUGCAUCACGCAGGUCUUGUUGAGAAAGAUCGCUCUAUCUCACAUCAAUUAUUCCAGCUGAAUAAGAUACAGAUUCUUGUGGCGACCUCCACUCUUGCCUGGGGCGUUAACUUACCCGCUCAUCUUGUCAUUAUCAAGGGUACCCAAUUUUAUGACGCGAAGAUUGAAGGCUACAGAGACAUGGAUUUAACGGAUAUCCUGCAGAUGAUGGGCCGGGCCGGACGACCCGCCUAUGAUACAUCGGGUACUGCUAUCGUCUACACUAAGGAGUCGAAGAAAAUGUUUUAUAAACAUUUCUUAAAUGUUGGCUUCCCUGUGGAGUCUUCUCUGCAUAAGGUGUUGGAUGACCAUAUUGGAGCAGAAAUUUCUUCAGGAACUAUAACAACUAGACAAGAAGCGAUGGAUUUCCUGACGUACACCUUUUUAUUUAGGAGGGCGCACCACAAUCCAACAUACUAUGGAAUUUUAGAAGAUACGACUGCAGCAGGUGUCAAUGAGUACUUGAGCUCUCUCAUUGAUACGACGGUACAAAAUCUUGCUCAGUCGCAGUGUAUUAUGACAGAGGGAAAACGCAUUAUACCGACUGCGUUCUUGAGCAUAUCUGCUUACUACUACAUUUCGCACAAAACUGUCCGGCAGUUACUAUCACAGCUAUACAAUAGUUGCAAAUUCCAGGAUGUCCUAAAGUGGCUAUCUUUAGCUGUUGAAUAUGAUGAAUUGCCAGUUCGGGGGGGCGAGACUAUCAUGAAUGUUGAAAUGUCAGAAAACUCUAGAUAUUCCGUUGAAAGUACUUUUACAGGAGAACAAGAGUUACCAAUAUGGGACCCCCAUGUCAAAGCCUUUUUGCUUUUACAAGCUUACCUAAGUAGAGCUGACUUAGCAAUUGCAGAUUAUUACCAAGAUACGAUCUCAGUUCUCGACCAGGCGCUACGUAUUCUACAGGCCUAUAUCGAUAUUGCAAGCGAAUCUGGGUACCUCAGGACAGUUAUGACUAUGAUUAAAGCCAUGCAGUGCAUUAAGCAGGGAACAUGGUAUGAGGACAACCCGGUGACUGCUUUGCCUGGAAUUACGCUACAACGCUUAGACCCCGAAUUAUUCGGGGAUGAUGGCUUUCCCUAUGAGUAUAGUGGCGAGAUGCUGACGUUGGAGAAGCUAGGUCGGAUGGGCUAUGCUGCGUUGUGCUCAGUGUGCCGCGUGCAUAACAUUCAAGGAGCGGCGAAAGAUAAGUUUAUACGUGAAGCCUCGAUGCUUCCUGUUCUGGAUAAGGUACAUUUUAAGGACCAAUCCAACCCUGAUAAGUUGACACUUGUAGCAUUCCGCCAUAAUGAAAGUUACAAAGACGGUUUCAGAGUUUGGUGUGACAAAUUUCCAAAGGCUCAGAAGGAAUUGUGGUUCGCAAUUGGUUUCCAAGGUGACGAACUCCUGAUGAUCAAGAGAUGCCAACCUAGAAGAGAUGAAGGUAGAGUGAUAAUCACCUGCGACUUUGUCGUUCCAGAGGAACUAUAUGGAGAGACCCUAGGCUUUGUUCUAAUUAAUGAUGCAAUGGACCUCCAUUACGAAUUAUCGCACACGUUAGCCGGCGGCCCCAAGAAAUAA